AAAAUGUGUGAUGAUGAUAAUGAUGACCGACCAAAGACACCACUUCAAGAUGACUGUUGUAAAAAUGAUUGCAAUCCAUGUAUAUUUGAUGUUCACAGAGAUAUUUUAAAACGUUGGGAAAAUAAUAAAAGCUAUAAAUUAGGUCAAAGAAAAAAUAUACUUUUACAAACUGCUUAUAAAUUAUUUAAAGUAUCUAAAAUAUUUGAUAUUAAUGAUGAUUAUGUGAUGAUAUCAUUGACUGCAAAAGAAAAUGUCAAUGAUGAUGAAGUGAUCCUUCUAAAACCUGGACAACAUAUUAUGCUGUCAUGUUUUUCCUGCACCAGGCCAUUUACUCCAAUAUCAUGGAACAACAAAGACCUAAAUAUUCUUGUUAGAAUUUAUAACACCAGUUUGUUUACAAAUAAAUUAAAAAAUUUAUCAAUCGGAGAUGAAAUUAAAGUACGUGGACCAUAUGGUAAUUUUGAGUAUAAAAAAAAUAGCUAUAAAAAUAUAAUUAUGUUUGGAAUUGGUAGUGGAAUAGCAGCUCUUUAUCCAAUUGCUAAAAAUAUUAUAGAUGAUGAAUCUGAAGAAUCUCGAAUUAAUUUAAUUGCUGGAUUUUCAUCAGUUGAUCAAAUUCCAAUGAAACAAGAACUCAAAUUACUAACUGAUUAUUGGAAUUUUCAGUGUACAAUUUAUCUGACAAAUUGGAAUGAAAAUCCAUUAAAAACUAUCAAUGGAAUAAAAUUAAUAUCUGGAAAAAUUAAUGAAAUAAUUGUUAAAAAAGUACUUGAAAAUAAUAUACCAAAUAAUACGUUAAUUUUAAUUUGUGGUAACAAAGAUUUUAAUAAUUCCAUGGAAAUAUUUAUAAAUAAGUUUGGCUAUGAUAAUUAUCACGUUUUUAAAUAA